AUGCUAGAUGAACCCAACACUGAAUUACCCGCAAAUCUUACCGUACCAUCUGGAAACUGUUUUCAAUUUUUACUAUAUGGUUCUGGUGUUCAACAAUACCAAUGUCUUAUAAAUAAUGGUACACCUCAAUGGUCACAAGUUGGUCCGGACGCUUAUUUAAUUAAUGAUAUCAAAAAAGAAUCAUUUACUUCUAAAUAUGAAGUUGCUCAUCAUUAUUUUCAACCAACGCCUGUAAAUGGUGGCAGAAUUACUUGGCAGUCCAUUGUUAAGAAAGAUGACUCUUUAGUUAUUGCGAAAAUAAUCGCUUCAUCACCUUCUCCCAAUGGUUCUGGAAAUGUUCCAUGGCUUCAAACUCAAGCAACCUCCAAUCAAGGAAAUGGAAGGUUUUCGAAUAUUACUUAUGUUCUUCGAAUUAAUACCAAAGGUGGUGUUGCUCCUUCAGUGGAUCAAUGCGGAUCAACUUAUCAAAAUAGUCAAACAGCCGCUAUUAAUUAUACUACCGAAUAUUGGUAUUUUUCUACUUGUACAUAA